UUGAACAAUUUUAACAUGUGUAACAAUGUAAACAUAUUAAUGAUCUGAAAUUUUUGAAAUAAUAUUUUAAUAUUUUUACAAUUUAAAAUCUGAUUUAUAAUUACAUUUUGUUUCUGAAUUCCUAAAGUUAAUAUUAAGGCUACAGUUUCCUAUUCAAAAUCUGAAAUAUGAUGGCCAUUUAUGAAUGAAAUUUGCUUUCCAAUAACAAAACUCGAUUUCGUAUUUAUUUGGGAGGCGUUUCCUGUUCAUCGUAAACAUCCAAAAUUCGCCGUACAAAGGAUUAAGAAUUUCAUUGUAAAUAAUGGAAAUGAGGAAGUGCUCUGUGGUUUUUGGAUGCAAAUAAACUCAAUUCAUAGCAAGCUUCUCGAUCUUAGUCACAUAACCAUGCACCAUGAGACAUCAAACAGCUAUCAACAAGAGCAACUACCAAAUGGAUCUCCUACUAAAAGUAGCUCAAAAGUAUCCGAGCAGAACGGACAGGACUUGCCUUCUUGCAAUUCUGAAAAUGCAAAAAAUGUAGAAAAUUUACAGACAAAUAAAAAUCCUAAGGAUGUUGAUAACAUGGAGGUACCAGAACCAGCAGAAAAAGUAACUUCGACAUAUGAAGAUUCUACAUCACUGUGGAAGUCUUCUUCUAGGAGGUGCUCCAGUGAUGGUGCUUUGAAGGCAAUGCAGGGUGUUAGUCAAAGACCUGAGAGGGGUAACAGUUUUUCUGAUUCUGAUGAGAAAACAGCUGCUCUCAAAGCAAAAAUUCAUGAAAAAUACGAUCAGUUUGAUAAAGACAUGAAAGAAAUGGCUGCUAAAGCUAAUGCCAAUGGGUUACUAUUAAAUGGUAAUUCUCCUCCUGCGAAAGCUGUGCUUGAUCUUGGAGGACAAACUGCAGCACUUUUGUCACCUGACCCUAGAACGAUACCACCUGAAGAUACAUGUGUUUUCACAAGUGGAGGUCCACCUGGUAUUUUGUGGGAAUUAAAAACUGCAGAUGAUUCUCUUCCAGGAAGAAAUUCUUUAAUGGCUGAAGUGAAAGAAGUUGCCUAUUCUCGCUUGCAGCAAGAACUCCGAAAAGCUCAGCUGGAACUGAAAUUGAAGGAUGAAGAGGUGUUGCGGUUGAGUCAAAUCAGAGAUGAAGUUGGUGCUGAAUUGGAAGAAUUAACAGCUAGUUUAUUUGAGGAAGCUAAUAAUAUGGUUAGAGAUGCAAAUGAGAAACAAGCAUUUGCUGAGAAAUUACUAAAAGAAUCCAAUUUAAAGAUUGAAGUUCUUCAAGCUGAAGUACAAGCUCUGAAAACUUUAGUGAUUACUUCCACUCCAAGUAUGCCAAAUCCUCAUUUGCACCCACAGAUUGAUAAGCGUCAUAAUGGAGUUAGGUCAUUGUUUACACAGGGUCAUAAAAGAUCUCCUAGUAAUUAUGAGCUCUGCUCCUUUAGAGAAACUCCACCUGGAUCUCCUACUAAAGAGGCAGCUUUCACCAGCUUUAGUCCAGAUAAUUACGAAGUGGAUCCUGUUUUUCACCAGCAGUUUUUGGAAUGGCAUCAAAACCCCAAGUUAGAUAAAACUCAUCCUUUCUUAAACAUUAUAUACAAAGAAGAUAUUUUGCCAUGUUUGAAUUUUACUAAUAAAAAGCUGUCUGAUGCUGUUUUAUCUGCCAUAGAAGCAAAUGUCAUAACUAUUGAACAGGUUAAUGGAAAAAAUCCUUUCCCUAAACGGUGUUCUCUCUUGGAAGCCCCCAAAAUCUGCAAAUAUCGAAUGAAGAUAGGAGAUGAUCUUGAGUGGUAUUACAUAUCACAGUUGUGCAGGAAUAGAAUAGCAGCUGUUUGUGAUUUCUUUUGCUAUGUUAGAUACAUUCAGCAAGGGCUUGUUAAAAGUGGUGUUCAUGAAAUAUAUUGGGAAAUUAUUAAAAAACGGCGAGAUGUGUCACUGGCAAGACUUGGUAUUUUGACUUUAUAGAAUCGGUAUUAUGACUAUUGUGAUUAGUAAUCAAUAUGGAAAAAAAAUGUCCAAAUUAUAUUCUCUUGGCUGCUUUUAUAACUUAUUUUAAAGCAUAAUGUGGAAAAUAAGAAACUUGAAAUGAAGUUUAUAAAGUAAAACUAGGUAAAAGAAACUUCUGGUAUUCAUUAAUGAAUCCCUUGAUCUUUAGGUUUAAGUACUCAAGUAAUCUUUCUUCCAUUCCAAAUAAUUGUUUUUAAAAUCAAAUUUGUAUACUAUUUUUUAAAGGCAUUUAUUGCAUACAAAUAGUUUAAAUUAUAUUUUAUUAAAGUUUAAUAUGUUAUAUUAAUGUGCCUAUGAUAUUAAAGUAUCAAGCUGCUCAAUUUGACUGAAUAGUAUUUUAUAAGGGGGCCACCAUACUGUUAUUUUAGAAAAAUUUCUUUCCCGAUUUAAUUCUGAAAGUUAGAUUUUUAAGAAUAAUUAUUUAUAGAAAAGAAAAAAAGGGAAAAAUAAAUAUGAAAAAUAAGAAUAAGUUUGCAUUACUAAAAUAUGUUUUAAGAAAGGUGGUAUUAAAAAAUGUAAGCAGUUUUUUUUUAUCAAUUUAUUCGAUAAAUAAAUAAAUAUUGCUUUUUUUUUUAAUGACCACCCUUUCUAUCCUUUUUCCUUGCAUAUGAAAUGCUUUUGAGGAAGAGUGCAGUUUCUUCCUUUUUUUCUAUUAAAAAAUUAAUGUAUCAAUAUUAAACAGUGCUAUACUAUUAAUAUUUAUAGUUUUCAAAUCUUUAAUUCAUCAAAUCUUGUGAUAAUAAUUCAUUUUUCUGUAUUUUAAAAACUUUUUGAUUGUACUCUGAAUUAAAACGUUUCCUCUUUUUGAGAGCAUCUUAAAUGUAUCUACAAAAAUGGCACCAGUAUAGCUUAAGUUAAAAUGUAAAAUUAAAUUUUUUUUUUUUUUUUUUUUUUUUGUUGGAGAGAGAAAAAUUUAUGAUAAAUAUUGCAGCAUUUCACUUUAAAUAUGUAUUUAAAAAGUAAUAAUAUGUUUGGUUUAUAUGAAAAGUAAACAUAAAUUUCAGUUCGUAAACCUUAUCCUUAUCAUAUAUAUUAUUAAAUGUCUUUGUUGCAGUUAAGUAUUCAUUAAUGAGAUUAAUAGCUGUUCUAUACAAUGUAAUUUUAUUACUGUUAUUUUGGAUCUUGUCUUACAAUGGUUUUGAUAUUUUUUUUCAUAGGCACAUUAUGUAUUUCUUUUGCAUUUAUUGAUAUAACAUUUCUAUAAAAUAGCAGUGUUUUAAUUUGCCAUUGUUUAUUUUACUAGUCUUUGUAUAUAUAAUAUUAUCAAUCUGGUAUAUGGUUUUGUAUGUAUGUAUGUAUUUAAAUAUGAGUCUGAUU